UUUCCUGUUAAACGAGCCUCAGGUAAAAAGACAACAUGUAGAAGAUAUAACAGGACGGCGGUGAAAAAUGAAUAUAUCGAGGACGUGUUUUGCAAAUUAGCGCCGCCUGUUACAGAAACGGGUGAAAAUUAAAUAUAACGGAAUACUUGACUUAAGCGGACUAAUUUCGUUCAGUACGAGUAAACACAACCAAAAACUAUGAUCGGAAUUGAACUAGGUGGGUUCGAACUUGAAGCUCGCACAACUAAACCUAACAAGCAGGUUAACUCACUGUCUCAUACAUAAACGAAGUAAAAAGGAUCUCGUCACUUCAAAAUUUCCGGCCAAAACUGUGCACCCGUAUUUUCUUUCAAACGAAAUUGCCUGUUAAUUAAACGGGGUGAAAAAUGAAUAUACAGAGGAUGUGACAGGGCGGCUCAGGAUAUAAAUAAAAAGAUGUUUUUUUGAGUAGUAAAAACAAUAUUUUACAAAAGAGCGCAGCCUAAUGAAAGCAGUAAAAUAUAAAUAUGACAGAAGAGCGGGCGAGCCUAGUUUUGCUCAAACGACAAUUAACACAAACACAACCUAGAGACUCGACUGAGUAGGUAAAACCUGGAAGCUCGCAAAACAAAACCUAACACGCAGUCUAACUCCAUGUCCUAUUUACUAUUCAUGGAGCAAAAGAGAAAAAAAAAAAAAACUCGACACAGGAAUUAGAUCUCGUCACUUGAAAUUUGCGGCCAAAAUUGUACAAAAAAUUGCGGGUUAAAUGUGGUAAAAAUAAAUAUAUAGAGGAUAUGGCAGGGCGGCCAUAUCUUCCUUGUCGUGGUGGAGGAGCUUGCGUGCCUCAAUGACCCUGAGAGCUAUACCGACGGGGGGUCUUCCUCCAGCAUGUCUAACCUUGGCGGGCAGGUCAAAGGGUAGAGGCCAGGCGUAAUGGUAGUCACUGGCCCUCCAGUUUGGGGGUUGGGCGUGCGGCUAAUCACUGCAUCCCAUAAAGGUACUUGAUUACGCAAACCGAAAAGACGAUUGACGAACUGGAACCCUGUCAACGAGAGAAUCAUGAGCGCACGCUGCAGCUCACGCUAUGCAAAACUCAUUGUUAUCCAAGUGUACGCGCCCACCAGUGACGCAGAUGACGAAUCUAGGGGAGAAUUUUAUGAACAACUGCAGCGGGAGGUUGAAACAACACCCAGUCAUGAUGUACUAAUUGUGAUGGGGGACCUGAAUGCCAAAAUCGGAGAGGGCAAUGAAGGAUGGGAGAAGGUGAUGGGACGAUAUGGACUUGGAGGAAUGAACGAGAACGGAGAGAGGCUAGCGACGUUCUAUGGCAACAACGACUUGGUGAUUGGAGGCUCUCUAUUCAAGCAUAGAGACAUUCAUAAGAUUACGUGGACCUCCCCGAAUGCAAGAGAUGGGAAUCAAAUCGACCAUAUCACUAUCAAUGGUAGACACAGAGGUUCGCUGAUGGACACCCGAGCAAUGAGAGGGGCUGAUGCCAACUCGGACCAUCACAUGGUGAUGGAAAAGGUUAUCCUGAAACUAUGCAGCACAAAGAGGAAGAGGAAGGAGAGGAUCAUCUUUGACAUCAAGAAGCUUCGAGAUUCCUGUGUCAAAUAGGUAUUUCGGCUGC